AUGAUGUUCCGUGCCCUCUCCGUGUUCACCCUGGCUACGGCCUCGCUCGCGUUCUCGACGUUCCCCCGCUCUCUUGUAGAGUCUAGGGACCUCGUGCUUCGUCACGAUAGCGACUGCCCUACCUGCCUGAACGCCUCUACUGCGCUUCAGAACUGCACCACUGCAUCGGCAUGCUGCAGCUCGAACGUCAUCACUGAGGUUGUGCAGUGCGCCGACUGCAUUGUCAUUGAGGGGACCGCGCCCAAGUCAACUGCUCAGAGCCUCCUCGGACAGUUCAUGGCUGCGUGCGCGCAACUCGGCGUCGACACUGGUUCUUUGACGGUUGACACUUCGUCUGGCGCCGCCUCGGCUACCCCAUCCGUCAACGCGAGCACCGCGUCGGGUGCAAGCACGAUCACGGCGACCGCCCCGGUCUUCACGGGAGCAACCGCUCUUUCGUCCCUCGCAUCUUCCGCCAGUGCCGCCUUCACAUCCUUCAGCGCUGCCUCGGCGGCUUCCGCGUCGCAGUCUGGCGCAGAGGCCUCGUCGGCCGUCUCGUCGAUCGUGUCGUCUGCAUCAGCCGUGGCAGCUUCGGCCACCUCAUCGCUCGCCUCGGCCGCUUCGGCAGCCUCCGCGUCCGCGUCCGCAUCCUCGUCCUCGUCGAGCGGUAGCUCUGGAGCCGCAGGCCUCACCGCGCCUGCUUCGCUGCUCGUGACGGGAGCUGUUGGUGUCGCUGCCCUCUUCCUGGCUUAA